UUCGUGUGGCCAUUGGUGAACAAGUAGCCUUUUUUUGAAUCUCUAAAAUUUCAUGAGAAAUGGAUUGGAACGCUCUUUUCGCAAUAUUCCUACUAAACUCGAUUCAUUUGGGAUCGUGUGCAAAUUUCCCAGCGACAAGAUCACGGUUUAACGGAUUAAAUUCAUUGCAAGAAUUUCUUGACGGACUUUCUCCUACAAAUGGCAAUGUUCCCACGCAGUGUUCGGGAACAUUGGCUAGUUUGGGAAGUAAUGCUGUGCAAGGUGUCUGCGUGUCGGCAGCAUCAUGCAGCAGAGCGGGUGGCAGCGUUUUGGGGACAUGUGCCACGAGAGGAUUAACCUGUUGCGUGGUCCCCAUAACUGCAUCCUCAAGCACGUUAAGGACACAAAUUACAAACAAAGCCGUCCUCCUGACCCAAAGUGGGGUUGCUAAUGCCGAAAAUAUUUUCGAAUUUCCGCUGCAAAAUGGAAUUUGUUCCUUAACCGUAAAGUUUCUCGAUACACGUCUUGUCCCACCAUCUUCACAAUUAUUGUCCGAAGGAGAUUGCAUCGUUGACUCGAUUACGGUGCAAGAUUCGCCGACAUUACAUGCCGGUUUUAUCACAGUUUGUGGCGACAUGACCGGACAACAUAUGCAUCUUUCGUAUCGAGCCGGUGCGCUGGGGGAUCACCCGUCAGACAAGAUCGUCAUAUCUGUAAAGACGACCGCUGCAACUGCGAAAUACUCCUUGAAUGUGGUCCAAGUGGGGUGUGACGAUCCAGAUUUGGUCGCAUCAUACUGUCUACAAAAAUUUGUUGCGGAUGCCGGUCAAGUACGAUCAUUUGGAUAUCCACGCCAAUUAAACAAUCAGUAUUAUCACAUUUGUACCCAUGGACCCGAACCAGGGGCAAGGACCGUGACGUGGCAAGAAUGCACGUCUUCACCCAUUGGGGGAUCGGCAGCACCAAAAUUCUUUGUUACUGGAAGCCGUUCACCAACUGAUGGAUCCCUCCCACCACCGAAAUUAGGGGAUUAUCCCUGUUUUACGGAUUACCUUUACAACACGCUGCUAAACCCACCAAGCAGACAUUGUGGGGGGUCCUUCCCCAAGAUUACAGUCGACGGUGGGCUGGGUCAUCUGACGGUCAACUUUGACGAAAAUGAAUACGGUCACGCCGCCAUAUUGCUCGACCUCCCGCCCGGAGCGCCAUCUUGUGAGCAAAUGACCACAGCCGAGACCUUCCCGUCUCACAAUUGUCACCGUCCUUUAAUCGGAGAUGCGAAGGAUACAAGUUGUGUCUGUUCUAUCAUCGAUGAACAUCACUUAAUAGGGGAUGAGAUAACAGUCACUCCGGCAGAGAACUGUCCAACUGUAACGGAAUAUUACUGUAACAGAACCACACCAUCGCUGUGUUACUGUUACCAACAAUAUGACGAUAUUAAUCAAGAAAAUACUGGGUUUUGCUUACAAUUUACGCAUAAUUAUUAAGAUAAAUCAUUGAUGAAAAGCCGGAAAAUUCUAUACAAUGAUUUAUUUAUUUAAUUAUGCCAUACGCAUGAGCAUAAGUAUAUAAUAACGUUAAUAUUUAUUUUAUAAAGUUAGUGAAAUAAAUGUAUCAAUAUUUAUGAUUGGUAUAGAAAUUUAAUGGAUAAAACAAUUACAAGCUCAACGCUAUGUAGGUAUAAGUACAUAAUGUCCGCAUCCAUAUUUAUUUCGUGAAUACCUACGCAUGUUGUGUCGUAUAUCUGCAUCAUGCACAAUAUGCAUUACGCAUACAUGCAAGCUUUUAUGCGAAGACAAUGUAUAUAUGGGAUGCUUCUAUUCUGCUAAUAGUACUGUGCUGAACUGUGGGGAAAGUAAUAAUCCUCCACCACCAGAACAUGUGGGAAUGGAGAAUCUGUAUUUUCAUUCGUAUACUUUUUUAGGUAGUGAGCUUUCUAAACAAAAUACAAUUAUUUCCUAUAGUUUAACCAUGUCAUACGCGUAAUUUUGUGUUAAAUAAAAUUAUGUGUAUGUUCAAUUAGCAGUUGGAAGUCAUUACAUACACAUUACACAACACCACUGCCAGUUUAUCAUUAAAAAUAAAAUCAUCCUUAAUUAAAAUCCAGCACACAGUAAUAUUAUUAUUUCAAUGGAUUUCUAAAGGCAAACUAUUUAACAGGAAUCACUUGGUGGAAUUGGUACCAAUCCAAAUAAUUUUAUCGUCUCAUAUUUAACUGAUCGUGAUUUCAGAAGUUUGCUAUAUUGCAAUCGAUCCCAAAGAGAAUGUCGACACCGACAAAUAUGGCAGAAAUUGAACCAGCCGAACUUAUUCGCUGUUGCGUGAUGAACAAUCCAUACAUGUUAUCCAAGAUUUUAACCUACUUGGACAUAAAAUCACUCAAGACAAGUCGUCUCGUUAAUAAAUUUUGGGAAGAAGAAGCAACUCCGCAACUAAAGACCCGAGCUGUUACAAUAAUUGACUUUUGGAAUGAUGAUUUAGUUGAUAUGCCAUUCCCAUACACACCGCGUCGCGUAUCAGAUUAUCUCGAUUUUCCCUUUGUUUGUCAAAAUAUUCACGUAAUUCACAACAUUACUUCAAAGGAUCCUCAACUAGCACCGUUUGUCAAAAGAUUUGGCCAUCAAAUCAAAAAAUUAGUCAUCGACUCAGCCAAGUAUUUAAACAUUUGGCUUCAACAUUCGCCAAACUUGACAUUCGUAAAAGUUCAGAAAGCAGGACGAGGCCGACAAUUUCCCAAGAAUGGUUCUCCAUACCUCCAAAUCCAACAUUUAGUUUUCAGAUUGAGCUACGCACAAUAUUCUAAUUUUACCCCAGAAGCGAUGAUCACUGCGGCCGGAUUAAUUGAAUAUUUUCGAAAUUUAUCAUCCUUAUGCAUUCAUGAAGAUGACUGGAUGUGUGAAGGUAAAUUGAUUGAGGAAACGCUAAAAGCUGUUGCUUUAAAUCCAACCUGGUCGCCAAAUCUCCAACACCUAGAUAUUCGCUCGAGAAAGAACAGCUGCACCAAAAUCCAAUUAUUCAUAAAUUUGACAAAAAGAAGGUGGACAACUUUGCGGAUGGGCCGUGUCCUUUUAGAAGAAGCAAAUGACAUCAAAGAAUUCCACGAUUUGCUCAAUUAUCAUAGUGCUACUUUAACACAACUUGAAUUUCAGUUGGCGGCAUCAGGAUUCUCUACUGAUACUGACGAAACAAUUUUACCAUUCCCAAUUUUACCAAAGUUAAGAAGCCUGGACAUGCAAUUCUGUACUGGAGCUCCAAAGAUUAAACCAUUCCAGUAUUCAGACCUAUUUCCGGUGCUGCAGCAUGUUGGUUAUACGCACAAGGAAGUAUUCUGCCGCCCUACCUUGUGGCAAACACUAUUUCCCGUGACCGGUCAGGUUUGUCGAACUGUAAAGACUUUACACAUCGAACUCGAUGGUGUUGAACUUGAUGAAGUGCUGCCUAACUUAUCUAAUCUAUUUCCAAAUUCUUGCCAUAUUGAAAAGACAAAAGAGCGCCUAUAAAAAUGAAUGUGCUUGCAAUAAUUUGAAUACAAUAAACGAUUUGAAAUAUUAAUCAACUAACAUUAACAAAAUAAGCGAUCAAUAUUUCACACAUGUGCUGUAUAAAGUAUGUAUAUGUACGAAUAUUUGCGCAAUUUAAUGGUGAUAAAUAUAUAUAAUUAAAUAUGAUAAAUGCGUUUACAAAAUGUAUAUGUAGUUACUAAAAUUUCAGGAUUCAUAAGCUUUAUUGUAUAAGUUGAUUCAAUAAAAUCUAUAUGCAAACCUA